UGAUUCCAGAUCAUGUGCGAGUCCACGCGUCCGAAAAGUAGGUUAGCAGGCUGGAUCGAGAGGGAGGGAGGCUCACACUCAUCGCUCACUAUCAACAUCAGUUCUGACCACGCACAAACGUGUUAUCGACGUGGUUUGGUUACUUCUUCUAAAGGAAAUAGACCGGUUUAAACGCGCUUGUGUGGAUUUGUUUUGAUUUGUUUUCUUCUCCCGAUGAUGCGCUCCAUCGAAGCUGAAACAUUAUAUUGGGUUCUCCUAAUAAUCUUAUUUAAGAUAAAUACGUAGAUCUCCAACUUGUUUCCUCUAGAGCAUCUUGUGGUCUUCCAACAAAAAAAUACAAUAAAAAAUAAUAAUAAAAAAAAUCUAAAAAUGAGAGCUCAAAUAGAGGUGAUUCCGUGUAAGAUCUGUGGAGAUAAGUCUUCUGGGAUCCAUUAUGGUGUCAUCACCUGUGAAGGCUGUAAGGGAUUUUUUCGCCGCAGCCAGCAGAACAAUGCCAUGUACUCAUGCUCUCGGCAGAGGAACUGCCUGAUCGACCGCACCAACCGCAACCGCUGCCAGCACUGUCGUCUCCAGAAGUGCCUGGCACUAGGCAUGAGCCGAGAUGCAGUGAAGUUUGGUCGCAUGUCUAAAAAGCAGCGCGACAGCCUGUACGCAGAGGUGCAGCGGCACCAGCAGCUGGCGCAGGAGCCCGAGGAGGCGGCUGAGGACAGCGGAUGCAGCCGCUCAUACGGCAGCAUGGGUUCCAACACCACCCUCAGCAAUCUAGACGACAUCACCACGCUGCCCGAUGGCCUGCUCUUUGACCUGCCGCUCACACCAGGCGAGGCAGCUGAAUACUGCACCCUGGAGCUGCUUGAGAGCGUGGCCAGUAGUGGAACAAGCAGUGCGGUGAGCAGCAGCUCAUCCAAUCAGAGCUCUCCAGAGCCUAGCAUUCUGGAUAUUGUGGAAGCAGGCUGUGUAAAGCACGAGUACCAGCUGCUGCCUGAGCCCAGCCUGCUCACACACACCCUGCUGGGGGCGCUAUCCGAUGACUGCUCUUUACUCGACAUAGAGCGGGUAAAUCAGAAUGUGGUGAAAUCACAUUUAGAGACAUGUCAGUACAGCACAGAGGAGCUGAAACGACUCACUUGGAACCUAUAUACGCCCGAGGAGACCCAGUCCUUCCAGCUCAAGUCUGCCGAGUGGAUGUGGCAGCAGUGUGCCAUGCACAUCACCAACGCCAUCCAGUACGUGGUGGAGUUUGCCAAGCGCAUCAGCGGCUUCAUGGACCUCUGCCAGAACGACCAAAUUAUCCUCCUUAAAGCAGGCUGCUUAGAGGUUUUGCUGAUCCGUAUGUGCCGUGCGUACAACUCCACCAACAACACAAUGUUUUUCGACGGCAAGUUUGCCAGCCCUCAGCUUUUUAAAGCACUAGGCUGUGAUGACCUGGUGAAUGCCAUCUUUGAGUUCGCCAAGAGCCUGUGUCGUCUGCAGCUGAGUGAUGAAGAGAUGGCCCUGUUCAGCGCCGCCAUCUUGCUAUCACCUGAUCGCCUGUGGUUAACAGAGAGUCAGCAGGUGCAAAAGCUGCAGGAGAAGGUUUAUUUGGCCCUGCAGCACAGUCUGCACAUGGGAGGAGGUGGGCAGGAGAAACUAGACAAGAUGGCGUCCAAGCUGCCGCAGAUGAAGUCCAUCUGCAACCUCCACAUCGACAAGCUGGAGUUUUUCCGGCUGGUUCACCCCGAAACAGCCUACAACUUCCCUCCUCUCUACAGGGAAGUGUUUGGCAGCGAGAUCAACUUCCCUGACUCUACUGACAGCUAGAGGCGAGGAAAGAGACCAGGGUGUGGAAGAUGUUGCAGAAGAGGAAGAAAAGGUGCAGAGAGAGGAUGUGUAAAAGAGAGGAGGUCAAAGAGGGAGGGAUCUGAAGAAUAGUGGAGGCCUGAGGUGUGAAAAAGUUGUAGUGUGGAAAAAGCUGUAAAAACCUCUUAGCAGCCCAGACAAUCAGCCAUGAUUUUUAUUUUUUUAUUUUUGUAUUUUCCGUUUUGUUUUUUUCUUUUUUGUGUUUUUGUGUUUUUUUUUUUUUGUUACACUUGUGUACAAAGAAACCACAAAUUAGUACAGGGGCCAACACAACAACACAACACUUCACUUCUCUCUGCACCACAUGACUAACACAUCUUACACUCGUUUUAGCACUUUCAUGUUAUUUAGGAACAUCUAGUAAAGCAGAGGUUCAUUAUCCCGUCCUCAGGGAUCCUCUGCUGGUACAGAGUUUCGUUCUGGUCCUUUCCUCAAUGCACUUCUACCAGAACAUUCAGGUGCGCUAACAUGUCCGAAUUAAAACCCCUUUAUGAUGAACUCCGUGGGCGAAUUAACAAAUGAAUGUAUAUCCCUGAAACAGCACUUGCCGUGCGACCGAAUGUACAUACUUGACUUUGGUUGGCGGAAAUGCUUUACGAAACCUACGUCGGUUUCCACGUGACAAUCGAGAAACUUCUUUGCCCGUAUGUUUGGUAGUACAACAGGACCGACCUCCGUAUGCUGGUAGGGCUGGGCGGUAUGAUGAUAUGAUCUAUUAAUAUUGAUAGCAUGGAGAAGGAUGAAAAAAGAAAAGGAUUCUUUUUUGUAUGUGAAGAGACACUUACUAAAUUCCAUACUGAAGAUAAAAAGCAUAACUUUAUUACUGUGUAAAAAAUAUUUUUUUUUUUUGUGUUAAAUUGUACGUCAUAAAGUCAUGUCAUACUGUAAUGCUAGGACUUGGGGAUCGUUUCAUUACAAGACGAUACUUUACGAGCCUCUCGGUUUGAUACGUUUGUGUUUUCAAAGUUAGUAGACGAUUCGUCCUGAAAUAACACUUGCAUGUAUAUAAAUAUCAUCACUACAUUUUAUAGACUACUUAUCCUACAGAGUCUGGAGGCACAAGGUCCAGUGACCUAUGGCAGAACACUUUCACACACACACACACACACACACACAUUUACACACUACAGAUGAUUUAGAGGUGCAAGUCAGCCUAAAACAGGUGUCUAUGGACUAAGGGAAGAAACCAGAAACCCCCAGGAAACCCUCUCAGGAAACCCCAGGGGUCUCAUACAAAGACUUGAACCCCCAUUCAAAAGGGUGAGGUGAAUAUGUUAACCACAAAGCCUCCAUACCCUUAUUUAAUAAACAUUCAGCCAGUUAGAAAUCAGAAAUCUCUGAUUCAACCUGAACUAAAGAAAUCUCCACCAUAAUUAAAGGAUUCAUAAUCGGUAGUGGAGAAGCAGGAUUCAGAGUGCUAAUGUAGCUAAUGUAGCUAACAGCAGAAUGGGACAUGCCCCAUUAGUGACUUUAACCAGAAGUGACUGCAUUCAUUAAUGCACAGCUUUCGUUUUUCUUAUUUGCUGUUACAAUUCUGAUAACGAAAUCGCACAAACGCUGUCAUUCCUAUGUUUCAAUUAUUGUACUUUUACAACUUCGAAUGUUUCCUAAUGGAAAAAGAGAACACUAACGCACAUAUGCACACACAAAAAUGCCUCGCAUCAUAACAUCACCGUGUUGUGACAUAAUCCCUGGCUAGAACUUCAGAAAUCUCAUGAUAUCUCUUGUCUUUUUAUGACAAUUUGACUAUAUAUAUAUAUAUAUAUAUAUCGCCCAACCCUAUUAGCCGGUGUAGUUUAUAACGUGCAAUAAAACCUGUCACAAAGUAUUAUGUCGGACAAAUGAAGUUUAGUCCGAGCUCACGCUUCCUCAGGCACGAGUGAUCUGACAGUAUUCUGUGCUGCUCUUAAGUAACUCUUGUUUUUCUUAUUUAAAAACUGCAAUGAGAAACCUCAGUCCCAGCACAUAUGUCCUUGUAAAAAGAAAGUGUAACAAUUGUUUCUUUUCCUUUUCUUUUUCAUGUAUAAAUGUUUUAAAUGAGGAUGCAUAUAAAUAGAUAUGUAUAUGAAGAAAGAAAGAGGCAGGCCUUUAAAGAAAUGAUGAGGCCUGGACUUCCUCUUUGGUGAGGAAGUAGAGAAUGCAUACUGGGAACUUUCCCUGAAACAUGUUACAGCUGUAAAAGGAUGUUCCGAUGUCCACCUUAUUCUGAGUAGUUUGGGUUCUGGGUGUUAUGGUCUGCUCUGUGAUACUUGACACAAAAGACUCUUAUUACGUGCCCAAACUACGACGUUCCAGAAGAUCCGAUUUGAUAUUUUUGUUUGUUUGUUUGUUUGUUUUUUUUAUUGUUUUUUUUUUUUUGGACCCACUGAUAAAAAAGAAGGAUGUACAGUACAGGAACCUGGACGACAUUCAAGAACACUUCUUUCAUGGCAUGAUGGUUGAAUGCAUCUAAAUGAAUGACUUUGUGCUGUUGGAAAUGUUCAGAAAGCUGAUGCGUAGACUAUCACUUCAAAUGAAAAGAUGACUGUCAGUAUGUCACACACACAUACCGUCCUGAUGUGAUGGUACAGGUGUGUUCGCUGUAUUAUUUUGUAAAUCGUGGCUACAUUUUACCCAUGUCGUUGUCCACUUCCUGUUUCUCCACACCUCUUCUUCCUGCUCAUACACUUAAGCAUGCUGAAAGGAAAGCACAGCUAGCAGAGGAAGAGCUUUAGUGUAGGCUUUCCCAUCGAACACUCAGAGAACACUACAAUUAUUCUCCGACAUGCAGCAGAUGUUUUUCAAAUACUGUUACAUGCACAAUUGGAAGCACCCUGUCCCUAGGGAAAGAAGUAAGGUGUAAGAAGUACAAGGUUUAAGAAGUAAAGGUGGAGUCCGUCUGAUCCAGUGUGGGUGAAGUCGCUAGGGCUUUUUGCACGCAAAAAUAUUGAUUGGAAAUCUUGAGUAAACAGAAUCCUGGGUUAUUUUGUAUCACCUUGCACACUGCUCAUCCUUUAACUAUUAAUUAAACAAUGUAUCAAACAAACAAACAAAAAAAAAAACACAAUUCUGCACUUCGACAAACACUGUUUGUUUUUGUAUUUUAUUGAUAUGCAGCUUAAAGUAAAUUUUCAUUCAUUUCCUUAAACACAGUUAUUUCUGACUGCCAAAUUUUUGUAUAAAUUUAGUAUAGAACUAUACAAAUAAAACUCUCCUCUUCACUCCAGUUGAGUCCCACACCAUAAGACUUUUUUUCCACUCCAAACUCUGCAACUAGUGUUUACACAACACAUGUUUCCGUAACAGUACAAAGCUACAUGAUAUGAUGUUGCUAAACAUCAAGCUGUAACCUUUUACUUUCGCUUCAUUUCACACUGUACAAUGCAAAAGUCAUGCUAAACCUGCUUUGGCUUUAAAAAAAACAAGGUUUAGAAGGAUGACAAUCCAGGAUUAAAUGCAGUGAAAACUAUGUUUGAUGUUCUGUGUUGUACAGCAAUGUUAGGGAUCAGGAUCAGAGCCAGCUCCACCUUCUAGACUUUUGGUUCUGCAGUUGAGACUUUCUCAAAUUCUGAGCAGCCCAAAGCACUCGAAACGUUAUUACCUACUGAGAAAUGAAUCGUCAAUGGAGCGUCAUUAGCACUAACAGGAGGGUUUGCACAGUGUGGAUAGCUUUAAGCUACGUCGCAAGAUAUGUUGAUGUAUCAUUAUUUUGGAUUUUGGUGCAUUUUUGAAGGUACAUUUACAUCCAAUAUUACAGAAUAAUCUCACUGGGUGCUUAGUUUACUCUGAUUAUCAGUUGUACAAGGAAAAAAUCUUCUGUUUUCCAUCCACUUGUUACAAAAACACGCAUCUAUAAAUCACUCAGGGAGCUAGCUGGUCUCUGUUUCCACCAGUCUCCUAGCUUUGCCAACCAGACACAGAAGACACACACGCACAUACAUACACAUAGAUAUAAAGGCACCCCAUUUUUUUUGCACCGAACAAGAGACCCGUAUCCUCAAUCACUGUGUCCUUUAGCUAGAUAUAUUAUACGGGAUAUAUUUUUGUGAAUGUCAAGCACAAAGUGUCAAAAUCCUUUCCUCUUUCUUCUGAUGUUAAACUGGAAGACUUUUACGUCCGAAUUAUAUUAUGUAUAGUCUAUUAACUAGUUUUAAAAAUGAUUACAGAUUUAAAAAAGAAAAAGAAAAAAAAGAAUCUUAUUCAUUGAUGUAUGUUGUUUUUACUUGAGCUCGUUUCGUUGGACUGUUAGCUGUUUAAUCCAUUUAUAAUUGUGUCUCCAUCAAACCGGUCUUGUUUGUUUUAUGUGGUUUUUAACACAAUAGAAAUACCUUAAAAAUUCAUUUAACAUUUGUUGGGUGUUGGAUAAAAAUCUUAUACCAGUUCAUCUCAUUGUAACACCAUGUAAAAAAAAAAAGAUGUGCUUUAAGAAUGUAAUAAAGUGGGUUUUUUCUACUA